AUGGCAACUGCACGGCAAGUACUGGCACCAUCUGACGAAGACAAGCGCUAUUUCAUCAGAAGAGCUGUGGACGUCGGUUAUAUUGGAGCGUUUGUGGAGAAGCCGGAUACUGCCAGACCAGUCGGAGCUGUCAUAGUCAAAGAGGGCAAGAUCAUAGCCGAAGGAUAUAACAACGCGUUUACUUAUUGGGAUCCAACUGCCCAUGGUGAAGUGGUUGCUAUUAGAAACGCAUGUGCCUCAAUGAAAACAUUGACGUUAGAAGGCUGUGAGAUAUACACUAGCUGUGAACCGUGUUACAUGUGUACUUCUGUCAUCUUGUUAACGGGAAUAAAGCGUGUGUACUAUGCUGCCACCAAUGAAGAGCUAAAGACUCGCAUGUAUUUACCUCGAAAUAUAGAAUUUAGGAAUCUUAUACAUCCAAGACCAGCAGAAUACUACAAUAUGAGAGAGUAUGUCGAGGACAGAAAAGUUUACGAGAUAUUUGAAAAAUGGGCAUCUAAACAACUGAAAAUGCGAUGUUAA